CAAAAGCAAGGAAAACGAAAAAGAAAAUCUACGGCUAAGAAUUGCGAGUGCAGAUGCUCGAACCUACGACCCACCACACACACCAGUCACAGCGCUGUGCGCUAGCCCAAAAGAACCCAAAUGAAUUUCUGAAAUUCCCGAUUUUCCCAAACCCCAAACUCUCACACUCUUCUUCUGGCUCAUGUCAAUUCGAUAAUUUGAAGCCAGUUGUGAAGAAGCUUGCGGAGUUUAUCUGAUUUCAGUUUUAGGAGAAUUAGAUAGAUAUAGAGAAAGCUAGGGAAAAGGGGAUGUCUUUAACUGGUGUGAAGAUGUCGGAGGAUGUGUGGUUGACAUGUCUGACCCAUGCAUUGUCCACCGAGACUGAGGAGAUCAUGGGCCUUCUUCUUGGUGAUAUUCAGCUUUCGAAAAAUGGUAAUGUUACUGCCUUGAUUUGGGGUGCACUUCCCCAACCACGUUCUGAUAGACAAAAAGAUAGAGUCGAGACUAAUCCCGAGCAGCUAACUGCAGCCUCAGUUGAUGCCGAGAUAUCCUUUUCUGGGGCAUUAAUGACGAUUGCAACGGGGACUACAACUAGAGUGAUUGGGUGGUAUCACUCACAUCCUCAUAUUACUGUCCUCCCAUCUCAUGUUGAUGUACGGACUCAGGCAAUGUACCAGCUAUUGGAUUCUGGUUUUAUUGGAUUGAUAUUUUCCUGUUUUAGUGAAGAUUCACAAAAGGUUGGAAGGAUUCAAGUCAUUGCAUUUCAAUCUUUAGAGGGGAAGCAGACGAUGAGACCUGUUUCUCUUUCACCUGUACAAAAAAGUCCUAUUAUAGAACUUGAAUCGUCUGUAAGCUCCUCAGACAACAACAUGGGUAUGUUUGGCUUUUCAAAAGGAGAAAACCUGGAACAAGACACUGGAGAUUCAGGUUAUAAGGUCGCUGGAAAAUCACCACGCUUGGGAGGCUUUUUGGUGAAUGCAAAUAGUAAUAAUUCUAAAACUGGAAAUAAUUACAAGGACAACAGUUUAGGUCAUGCAAUUCAAGAUUUGGACCCAAUGGAUAUGUCAGAUGGUAUGCAAGAGGCGAUGCAUCUUUCAAACUUGGAAGUGAGUGGGGCCCAAUUUGUCCGUAAGGAGAUUCCACUUUAUGUUGUGCCUACAUCAGCCCUUCUCAAACUAGAUUCUCCUCUCUCAUCCUUUACAAGCCUUCAGCGUAUGCUCUUUGAAGAGGAAAAGACUGCAUAUGACGAAGCAAUGGCGCAAAAUACAAGAGACGGAAAAGUUCAUCCUCUUUCUUUCAUUCAUCAUGCAUCCACCUACAAGGCUUCCAUGUGCAAGAUGAUCGAAUUUUGCUUGAAUCCUGCCAUGAGUUCUCUUCAAGAUCGCCUUAGAGAAAAUGAAGUUAAGUUAAAACUUCUUGCCCAAGAAGCCAAUGGUUUGGAAUUGGAGCUAUUAAGUGGUGGUCCCUCAAAUUCCUCUCCACGUUCUCCAUCUCAAGGGCUUAGAAGUAUCUCGAGUGGCAGCCGAGCAAAACGAUGAUAAGUACUUUUGUUUACCAAACACUCCCUUUGAGAAGCUUUUUAUCUCCUGUUGUAGAAUCUUGGAGAUGGUAUUGUUAUGCUCUUUAUUUUUGCUCACCCUUUCUUCUUGGUUUGUAUACUUUUGUCAUCCUCAUUUGUAGUAUUAUUUUGGUCUGGCAUUAACAUGCUUGGAUAUAAAAAGUUUUUGUUUUGAUUGGAUUUUUGGUUUGGAUUGGUUAAAUUUGAAAAGGUUGGUAUGGUUAGUUGUUAGUGGGUAUAUUAA